CAUGACAACGCGUUUUUUGCCAUUAUUACAGUCAAACUCAAAAGCUUCGCAUUGAACGAACAUCAAAGUCCAACCGCUGACUAUCCCACCAUUCCACUAACGCCUUCCCCAAAAAUAAUAAGGCAAAAAGAACCAUUAAAAUAUCAAGAAUCAACGAACCUCAAAAUCCAGAUUCGCGAAUGAAGAAGCUGCAGCAGCGAUAGGCUGGAAUUUAUGGUCCAGAUUUGGCUGAUCAACCACAGAUGGAGAACUUGAUGACCACUAUCAGCAACUCAAUCCAAGCUCUGGGCAGAGGGUUUGAUGUUACUUCAGAUAUCAGGCUCUUAUACUGCAAGGGCGCGCCAGGGUCCCGCCUGGUUCAUAUGGAUGAAGAGCACACCAUGAAUCUCGAGCUCGGUUCUGGGCUUAUGAUCCCUAAUGUCUCUGUUGAUAUUGAGUGCAGUGAAGGCACUAUAACCACUGAGGCCACUCCGGUCUUUAGCUUCCAUGAGAUGGCUAAAUACUUCAAUGAGAUGUCAGAUAUACCCGGACAGAUUCCACUUGGAAACUUCAAUGCCAUGUUUAACUUUACUGGUUCCUGGAAACUUGAUGCUGAGGCCACAAAGUCUCUUGCAAUGAUUGGUCACAUGAUUCCACUCUUCACCAUCAAACUAGCAAAAUCAAAGUCUUUAGUUGCACAUGAUGAAUUCAAACACGCUGUUCCAUGUUCUUGGGAUCCACCAUCGUUGGCAAGUUUCAUUGAAAAUUAUGGCACCCAUAUUGUCACCUCUGCAACAAUUGGUGGAAGGGAUGUGGUUUAUGUUAAACAACAUCAGUCGUCUCCUUUGUCGAUGACUGACAUUGAAAAUUAUGUGAAGGAUAUAGGCGACCAAAGGUUCUCAGAUUCAAAAGGCCUACCAAGUUCCGGCCCGUUGAAAUACAAGGACAAGGAUGUAACUGUAAUUUUCAGAAGAAGAGGAGGUGACGAUCUUGAGCAGAGUCAUGAUAAAUGGGCCAAGACUGUAAAUAAGACUCCAGAUGUGAUUAAUAUGACCUUUACACCUAUUGUUUCCUUGCUCGAAGGGGUUCCCGGAAUCAAGUACUUAUCACGUGCAAUUGAGUUAUACUUGGAAUACAAGCCACCUAUAGAGGAUUUGCAGUAUUUCUUAGACUUUCAAAUUCCUAGAGUUUGGGCUCCAGAGCAGAAUAACCUCCAGCGGAAGGAGCCCGUCUGCCCAACUCUUCAGUUCAGUUUGAUAGGCCCAAAACUUCAUAUUAGUCCAUAUCAGGUAACGGUGGGGCGUAAGCCAGUCACUGGGCUCAGACUGAGCCUAGAAGGGUGCAAGCAGAACCGUCUUGCCAUCCAUUUACAGCACCUCAUUUCUCUUCCUAAGAUUCUUCAUCCACACUGGGACUCACACAUGGCUAUUGGUGCACCGAAGUGGCACGGUCCCGAGGAGCAGGACAGCCGGUGGUUCGAACCGAUAAAGUGGAAGAACUUCUCCCACGUAAGCACCGCACCCAUAGAGCACACUGAAACGUCAAUCGGGGACCUCUCUGGCGUUCAUAUUGUGACUGGGGCCCAGCUGGGCGUUUGGAAUUUCGGUGCUAAGAAUGUCUUACACCUAAAACUUCUAUUCUCCAAGGUGCCCGGGUGUACGAUAAGGAGAUCUGUGUGGGACCACAAUCCCUCCACCCCAAGUUUUGAUGGUUCUUCCUCCUCCUCGAUAUCUAGCCAAACAGGAAAACUUGGGAAAAUUGUUGAUAUGACGGAAAUGUGCAAGGGGCCACAGGAUACACCUGGUCAUUGGCUAGUAACUGGGGCUAAGCUUGGGGUUGAUAAGGGUAAAAUCAUGCUACGCUUGAAGUACUCCCUAUUGAACUAUUGAGAUGGCUCCUUGCCCAGCCUUCACGGAAUAGACAUUAAUGGUGGAUUCAUUACAGAUAAACCUUCUUUUGGUUAUAAUCAUCUCAUGUAAAUUCAGUUAGUUGUAGGGUAUUCAUUUUGAGGUUAGGCAGAUAGUUCUUAGUAUAUGUAUCGUAUUAUGAUUUUGUUUAAAAAAGGAACCUUCAAAAUUCUAUGUUGUUUAAGUAAAUCCUUUAUUUUCUUGAAAACGCCUAAAAGAGUUUUUUUUUUAAUAGAAAUGAGCACUGUAGUAUAAAUUAUAAUGACAA